UUCUUGCGGCUAAUAGAAAAGCAGCUCUUUCAGUGGUCGCCCUGUUAAGCAUUAAAUUUCACAAUAAAUCGUCUCUGAAAUGUUCCGUAGAAAGCUGACAGCGCUAGAUUAUCAUAACCCUAAUGGAUUUGACUGCGCAGAUGAAACACAGUUCAGAAAUUGCAUUGUUUGGCUGGAGGACCAGAAGAUCCGACAUUAUAAGAUAGAGGACAGAGGCAACCUGAGGAACAUCCCCAGCUCAGACUGGCCAAAGGCCUACCAGAAGUACUUACAGGAUGUGAGCUGUCCAUUUGGAGUCCAGGAGAGACAUGAGGGUUUGGACUGGUUACUGGGCCUGGCUGUGAGAUAUGAAUAUGGAGACAACGUGGAGAAGUAUAAGAACUGUCAACCACUCGCAGCCUCCAGCAACAGCGACAAACCCUCCGACCCUCUGGUAAAUCUGGAUAGUAAUUCACCAGAUUUCAAAGCAGGAGUGACCGCUUUAGCCAACAUCCUCAAGAUUCAACGCCAUGACGACUACCUGGUGAUGCUCAAGGCUAUCCGAAUCCUGAUCCAGGACAGACUCUCUCCAGAGGCCAUCUCUAAAGCCAGCCAGACAAGAGAGGGUGUUCCUGUAGCUUUGGACAAGCAUAUCUUGGGGUUUGACACAGGAGAUGCGACUCUAAAUGAAGCGGCUCAAAUCCUGCGUCUGCUGCACAUCGAGGAGCUCCGGGAGCUUCAGACCAAGAUCAACGAGGCCAUCGUAGCCGUUCAGGCCAUUAUCGCCGACCCUAAGACAGACCACAGGCUGGGCAAGGUCGGCAGAUGAGACUAAAGAAGGACGAGGGCUGAUGGACGAAGGGAGAAUGAACCACAGGAGGUUUAAUUGGACUUUGAAGGAAACGCCUUCUUCAUUGAGUUGGUUUUUUUCAGUUGUUGCAUGAGCAAAUGCCAAAUUAUCAGUCAGUGUGGUUUAUUUUUGUACAGCAGCAGAGACUAGUUUACACAAAAACCAUAUUUGCUACAUGUACUGUAAACGUACAGGUCACAUUUCUGUAAUUGGUCAAACGAUCAACAUUGAAACCCUCAUUUCCUCUGGUCAUAAUUUCAUUUCCUCUAAUGAAGUAAAGUUGUUGAAUGGAAAAUUUAUUUGUACAAGGAGGAGACUGGAUGUUCUUGACCAGUCAGCUGUAAAAAACAGGCAAGAAACUGACUGGUGUAUUUGUAUGAUUUCACUUAUAAGAGAACUUUUUUUUUUCUGGAAAAGGUUUAGUUUGACUAGUGUAAGUGAUGCUCUAUGGGGAAAUAAAAGAGCAGCUGAAGAGAA